UCGAGUCAUAAUGAGCACGGAUAACGAAGGAGAUUUCGCGGCGGACGAGCCACAAGUAAUAACGGCGUUCAGGUUAAUAAUAGAGUUCCUUUGGGCUGCUAUCCGAGUCGUUGCCGGAAUUUUGCACAGCGCUUUCCUGCACCUCGUGCCACCUGCACUCAGAGAUGUUUCAGACGAAAUUGUAUUGAUCACAGGCACUGGCCAUGGCAUGGGACGUGCUGUCGCCCUGCGGUUGGCCAGACUUGGUGCUACCCUCGUGUGUGUAGACAUCAAUAAAACAUCCAACGCUGAAACUGUAGAAUUGAUCAAACAGGAAAAGGGGAAAGCUCAUGCUUAUGAAUGCGAUGUAACCAAUCGUGCCUCAGUGUUUGACCUGGCCGCGAAAGUCCAGAAGGAAGUUGGUCCCGUCACGAUUCUCGUCAACAAUGCGGGUAUCAUGCCUUGCAAGCCCAUACUCAGACAGUCCGAGAAAGAAAUUAGACUCAUGAACGAUAUCAAUGUUCAUGGAGUUUUAUGGGGUAUCCAAGCGUUCUUGCCCAGUAUGAUCGAACGCAACUACGGUCACAUAGUUUCAAUGAGUUCUAUGGCUGGACUGAUGGGUCUGCGUAACAUUGUGCCGUACUGCGGCUCCAAAUUCGCCGUCAAGGGUAUUAUGGAAGCAUUGCGUGUGGAGCUCCACGAGGACCGCACUAAGAACACCAAUGGAAUUACACUAACCACUGUCUACCCCACAAUGGUAAACACUGGUCUGUGCAAGAAACCUAAUCUACGUUUCGAGAAACUUCUGAGUGUAGUAGACACAGACGAAGCUGCUGAUAGAAUUGUCGACGCUAUCAGAAGACGUUACACUGAGAUUAGUAUUCCUGGCGAUCUCUUCUAUUCAAACAAGCUCUACCGAUUGCUACCUAUCUCCUCAGCAAUGGUAUGCACUGAUCUCUUGGGAACUGGUCUGGACCCAGAUGAUUAGACUCCCAUUAAUUUAAAAAAUAACUACUACCAUUAGUUACUGCCGUAACAAACACUUUUGGUAUGGAAAAAUAAUUAAGACCUAUUAAUUUAAUUAGACCAAAGUAAUAUUAAGUUACAUGUAUUUUUUACAUGCAAGCGGUUGUGAAAUAAAUUCCGUGAUAGCACAUUUGUUGUUGUUAUGUUGACAUUUUC